CAUUCAUCCCGACUGCGCAAUUAUAUAGUAGCAUAUACAAUCAACAUUAGCGGAGAGGUUCACCGAAGCUACCAAAUCCAUGGACCGCAACCAAGUCACAAAGCGACGAGGCCGCCCUCGGAAGCCCGCGGCUCCUCACAAGCCUGAUGAAGAAGUACGUCUUUACUCGGGCAUUUCAGUUCUAUCAAGACUAACACUAGGAAGCGUCGAAGAUCGCAACUGCGCCAGGCUCAAAUGACCUUCAGAGCUCGAAAGGAGGAGACCGAUAAAGCUCGUGAGAAACGUCUUCGUAGCCUUGAAGCCAUGGUUGACCGAAUAGGCAACGCCUUUUUCGAGCUAGCAGAUUAUAUCAUCGGUUCCGAGGUAUACAAGGAGGAUUUAGGCAUACUGGGUAAACUUGCAGCAACCACUACUCAAGUCUUGGUCUUAUCUCGAGAAAGCAACGACCACGAACCGAUGGGUGGACCAUCUUCACCAGAGCGAGACUCACUGCUCGAACCUCACCAAGAUUUGCACUUUUCUGCCCAAGUCUGCGUCGGGCAGUUGACUGCUUCACCUGCCGAGACUGAUCCAGGUCUACAUCCCGAUACUAUAUCUUCGAAUCAGUAUCCCAGCGACAAAGACAUUGCUGCAGAGCAUGACGGUGCUUCCACAAUUCAAAAUCCCUUUGGCAACGGUUGGUUCGCCCGACUUCCGCGACUUCUAGGCGGCCACCAAUCUUCAAAUGAUCCCUCGUCACUCGACCGCACCUCCUUCGCGUUUCGCCUACUCAUCAGCACUCUUGAGAAUGCAUACUGGGCCCUUGUUGGCGCAACAGAGGAGAGCACAACCCUGUCCGAUCGCAUGUUCAGGUUUGCCCUUUUGUACCACGACAAACAUGAGCUCCAGUUCAAUCUACGAUGGUUUCUUGGCCCUGGGAUUGGAGAGAGCUAUCUACUGAUGGAAAGAAACAGGGUGGAUAAACCUUCUAUUGCCAAAGCCAACGGCGAUUUGCUCAAUCCCGGGGUAGAUCUGGCAGCAGUCGAAGACUCUCAGAGAAACUUCGGUUAUGGGUUCCUCGGCUCCCAAGCUGCAUAUGAACUUUUCUCCACUGUCAAAGAUGUCGAUGAAUAUUUGAAAGAAAGGGGCGCACGUCAUAUUGAUUCUGAGAUUAUUGAGCUAGCAUUUGCGUAUCCAGGGUCUCUAACAACGACGCCUGAUGCCUCAAUAGCUCAAGUCUCUUCUACUUAUGUUCGCCACACUCACUCGUCAGCGCCUUUUCAAGAAUUUCAUGACAGCGUAACUUCUCGAUGACGAAGGGUAUCUCAAAUCCCCCAAAAACGCACUCAGCCCCGACGAGGCAACGUAUACGAGUGCAGAUACUAUUCCGACACUUAGCUGGGAUAUCGGUUUGUUUAGGACAAGGGCCAAGCUUUCAGCGCGGAGCAAUAGAAGAAGCCAUUAACGCAUCCGUUAUUAAUGAAUAAAAAUAUAAUGAACCAC